CAGCUCUGUUUAGUUAAGUCCACUUACUUCCUCUCUUUAACACAAAGAGCUCUAACAAGUUUUGGAUUUUGAACUCAUCUGCGUGAGUUUUAAAAAGUAGAACUUACUGUUAUUAAUUGUGUUGACUAUUUGAAAAUGUUAUCAGAUCAGUAUGUGUUGAUUGAACUUGGGUUUCAAAGUUAUCAGAUGGGGGGGCGGGGCGUGGGGGAAAAGGCGGGAGUGGGCCAAUGGGAGCUACAAAAUUAAUAUUUGGACUUUUGAGUUUAAUUGUCUUCUUUAAUUCAUGGCAAGGUUGAAGCAUGAACAGAAUAAUUUAAACACCGCAGAUAAGUCAUAUAUCAUAUCGAAAUACAGACACUUUGUAGUAAAUGAUCAAGGACUACUUCGACACGCGGGAAGAGACUAUGCCUGACAACGGCCUAGAACCGAGGCGGAGUAACACGACGCGGGGACCGAAGUGACGAGUGGUGAACGUGUCGAAGCAGAUUUUUUUUACACGAGGCUGAGGAACAGCAGAAUUCAAGCACGUCCAGUUCAUGUGGAAAUGUAAGUUUUGUGCCUUUUCCUCCAGUGGCCAAGGAAAAAUAAUACAGCAUUAUAAAGAGCAUCAUGGACAUCACCGGAGGUGUUCAGGCCUUGUCUGCAUUUAUCAAGACUGUUUGAACACAUUUCAAACCCAAACUGAACUUAAAAACCACUUGAAAGAACAUUCAAAAGGUCAUAAAAUUGUGACCAAGUUAUGCUGUGAUUUGUGUACAUUCUCAGAGCCUAGUAACAUUAUCAAAUAUUGUGCCCAUCUGAAGACUCAUUUGAGGAACAGGGAAACAGUUAAAUGUCCGUUUGCAGGUUGCUCUUUCAAGUCCAAUGUACUGUCAACAUUUACUUCUCAUAGAAGUCGCUAUCAUAGGUUGUCCACCUUAAACAGUUUAAGACCAGAGCUUUUUGUACACCAUGCACUUACAAAUGCAGUGCUAGAAGAGGAUUCUGUUUCUGGGACUGAGGCAUCAACUUCAUAUGAUUCAGUACCCGAGGGUGUACCUCCUCUUGAAAAUGGAGAGGCAAUUAAACGUCAGUUGGCAUCUUUAUUUAUCCGUAUGCAAACAAUUCUGCAUGUUUCAAAUUCUGCAGUACAGGAAGUAAUUGAUGAGUUAUUUGACAUUGGAGACUUUGCUUAUAAAAAUAUUAAAACAAUUAUAGAGAAAGUUUUGGAGGAAAAUAACUGUGCAGCUGAUGCCUCUGUUGUAACAUCAUUGUCUGAUGAAAUACAAUCGUUGAACCCACUCAAAUUUCUUUCAAGAGCAGGGCCUUUGGGCACAGAACGUAAAAGGCAGUCAUUUUACAGAAAGAUUUUUACAGUGAUUGAACCGGUUGAAUAUGUGCUAAAUCCACAAGAAAAAAAUCAUUCAUUUGUUUAUGUUCCUAUUUUAGAUUUGUUAAGUAAGUUGUUGGAAAGAAGUGAGAUUCUAGAGAAAUUACAGAGAUCCAAUGGACAGGAAGGUCAUUACUGCUCAUUUCAAGAUGGUGAAUACUUUAAAGAAAACAAACUUUUUGCUGAAGAAUUAGGCAUAGCUCUUGGCUUAUACAUUGAUGAUUUUGAAAUCUGUAAUCCAUUGGGAACUUCAAGAAAGAAACAUAAGUUGUGUGGUAUAUAUUGGGUGAUAGCUAACUUACCCAUAAGACUUAGAUCAACAUUAUCAUCAAUUUAUCUAGCUGCAUUGUGCAAAACUGUACAUAUAAAACAAUAUGGUUACAGCAAAGUUUUGGAGCCUCUGAUUAGAGACCUUCAGCAUUUAGAGACGACUGGUGUAUUUGUGAAAAGACUUGGGUCUUGUGUCAAAGGUACUGUUUUGUAUGUGUCUGCCGAUAACUUAGGUGCACACUCCCUUGCUGGAUACCAAGAGUCUUUCAACGUGGAGAAAUUUUGCAGAUUUUGUUUGGCUAACCUUAAAGAUAUUCAGCAUCAUGAUGUCAGAAGUGGGGCAUUUACUUUGAGAACACCAGAACUGUUUGAUGAAGCCAUUAAUGUGCUUAACACAACUAAUGCCUCGUGUGUUCAUGGUUUGAAGAGAGACUGUCCUUUAAGCAGACUUGCCCACUUUCAUCCUGUAAAAGGUUUUCCACCUGAUUUUCUGCACGAUUUAUUGGAGGGAAUUGUACCUGUGGAACUAUGCAUAUGUCUUUCAGAUCUUAUUGCUAAAAAUUAUUUCACAUUGAAUGAUCUUAAUGAUAGAAUAGCAUCAUUUCCUUUUCAGUUUUCUGACAAAACUAACAGGCCUCAGACAAUACCAACAAACUUUUCAAAAAAAAGAACAAUUGGUGGCAACGGACACGAGAACUGGGCACUUCUGAGAUUUCUUCCACUGUUGAUUGGCCAUCAUGUUCCAGAGAGUGAAAAGACUUGCUUCUUUUAG